CUGCUUCAGGUACUAAACAACCUGAAUCUCGUUAUCGAACCAGGCCAAACAGUAGCAUUGGUUGGCCACUCUGGCUGUGGGAAGUCGACAUCAGUCGGUUUACUUACUCGCCUCUACGAACCUGAAUCUGGACGCGUUACGCUCGACGGGCAUGAUGUCCGAGAGUUGAACAUCGAGUGGCUACGGAAUGCCGUUGGGAUCGUGCAACAAGAGCCAUGCCUUUUCAAUGACACAGUUGAAGGGAAUCUUCGUGUCGGUAAUCCGCAAAUUUCCAUGGAACAAAUGGUUCACGUGUGCAAAAUGGCGAAUGCACAUGACUUCAUUAUCAAAUUGCCUAAGGCUUACGAGACCUACAUUGGUGAUGGUGGAGUGCAACUGUCUGGCGGUCAGAAACAGCGCAUCGCUAUCGCACGGACUUUGGCACGAGAUCCAAAGGUUCUCCUGCUGGACGAGGCAACAAGCGCUCUUGAUGCUCAAAGUGAGAGCAUUGUUCAGGUGCGUGAAAUCGGGAGCUCUGCACCACUUAGAGUUGCUGUAAUUUUUUGA